AUGGUAGUAGCUGCGUAUGCUGAGAAGUUUGAAGAUAUGGCUGCUUAUUCUAGACAAGCCGAGUAUGCACCAGAUGAGAAGUGGAAGAUUGAUCAGUUCCUUUUUGGUCUAAGAGGUGAAUUUUCUCAUAGUGUUUCUCAAAGGGAAUUCACUACAUAUGCUGAAUUGUUAAGGCAAUGCUAUGUGGGUGAGAACAGUUUGAAGAAGGUUCAAGAAGAAAGGGAUCAAUAUAGGAGUGGACAGAAGGAUGAAGGGAGGCCAAGUAACCAAUUUAGGCCUAGACCUCAAGCUUUCAAGGGGAAACAAGUGCAACAUGCAAUACCUAACCAUCCUCCGCUAUGUCAAGUAUGUAAGAGGUCUCAGUUUGGAAGAUAUGCUGGAAGUGGAAUUAAGUGUUUUACUUGUCAGAGGGAGGGACACAUGGCUAGGGAUUGUCCUCAGAAUAAGAGUCAGAUGCAGGGGAGGAGUACCGGUCGAGUUUAUACUUUGGAUGCAAGGAAGGCUAAGAGGAAAAAUGCCUUAAUUACUGCAAUUCCCUUGUCUCCUCUUAUGGUGGUUACUACCGCCAUGGAUGAUGUGGUUGAGACACCGUUGAUUUGUGAAAAUUGUUCUCUCUCGGUGAAUGGUAGAAUUUUACAGAUUGAUCUUAUUUGUUUUCCACUUAAGAAGGUUGAUGUGGUUUUGGGGAUAGAUUGGCUUUCCGCCAAUUCGAUGUUUAUUGGAUGUGAAGAGAAGUCGAUUAUCAUUCCAUCUAGUGAAGCUACUCCAAAGGAUGUAUUAACUACUAUCUUGGAAGGUACGGUUGGCAUGGUUAAUUUCUUAUUUGAGAAGGAAAAGUCAGUUCUCUUGGUUCUCACCAAGGAAUCUAACGACAAUCUGAGUGUUACACAAAUUCCUAUCGUUUGUGAAUUUCCGGAAGUUUUCCCUGAGGAUGUCACUUCUCUUCCUCCUGAAAGGGAAGUGGAAUUCUCUAUUGAUUUGAUACCUGGGACGGCUCCAAUCUUCGUUUCUCCGUAUCGUAUGGCACCGCUCGAGUUGAGAGAGUUGAAGGAUCAAUUAGAAGAGUUAUUAACCAAGAAUUUAAUCUGA